CCAACCCUAGUGAUGUAAGAAAUCAAAAGGGGAGUUUUCAGGAUGAAAGAACUGGGACAGUACUUGUCGAAGCCAUGGUGGCAUCUGUGUGCAGUGGGCACUCUUGGCAAUUCGGAUCAAAGAAGGUGAAUCAGUGGAGAGAUGCUUUAAGAAAAGUGGGCACUUUGUCUGGGUGGCAUACACAGGAUUACAAGACUGGGACAGAACUUGUCGAAGCCAUUGUGGCAUCUGUGUGCGGUCAAAUGAAGACUAUUGAAAGUGAGCCUACAAUGACGUCGGAGUCAGAUGAAAAUUCCAUUGUGAUAUCUGUGUGCAAUCAAAGGAAUACUACUGAAAUUAAGCAUAGAAUGCCAAAGUGGACCAAAGAUAUUGAAGCAGUUGAAGCAACAACACAAGCCACCAAUGGAAACUCUGACCCAGCUCCGCAGUGGAAGUAUGAUGUGUUUUUGAGUUUUAGGGGAGUAGACACUCGCGUGAGUUUUCUAUCCCAUUUAAGCCAUGAAUUGGAAAACUCGGGAGAAAUUAGAACAUUCAAGGAUGAUAAACAACUUGAGAUAGGGGAGGAUAUUUCUCAAAGUCUGCUGACGGCAAUUGAAGAAUCAAGAUGA